GUUUUGUUAAAAUCAUUUCUUUUUUUAAUCCUCACUUUUAAUUGUGUUUAAUUAUUGAUUCCAAUUAAAAUGUUAUCUGUUACUGGUUUUAUAUUCUUCAGACAAUCAGUGAGAUGUUUAUCUACACUUUCUAGAACACCUUGUGGUCCAGUUGAAUUUAAUUCCAAAGUUAAAUCGUUAACAUGUUUGUAUGGUAAAGUUGAAAACCUCACAUGUUACCGGUUCAAAAGUCAGGAAUCAAAGGCUCAAUUAUUUCAAUUGAAAGCAGCAACUCUUGUCAGAUCACCUAAGAAAAAAUCAUCUCCCAGUCUUAACAAUAAGAAUUUACUUAUGGUUGAAGCCUUUAGUACCGCUGAGGAGUAUCGAUUCUCCGAUCUAUAUGAUGUCCUCUCUAAAAAAACUGAUCUCGUUGAAGUGAAGAUAAGUGAUGAUUUAGCGGAUGAUGUAAUUUCUUUCAAACUGAAUAAAGGCAAUGAUGUUGCAAAACCUUCUACAAUGUAUAUCUUCAGAGAUGGAGCAACCGUUUUCUGGAAUUUUGAUCCAACUGAAAUAAAAAAUACUCUCCAACUACUACGUGCCUUUGAAAUAAAAUCUUACCCGGAUGAUUUGGUUCACGAGGAAAAUGAGCAGAUGCAAUUUGCAUACACUGAUGUUAAAUCAAAGAUUAGUCGAAAUACUAUCCAAUUAAUUGAUAAUGAAGAUCCACCUUUAUGUCAAUACACUUUUUCCAAUGCAUUAGCUUUAUCAGUUAAAUUAUCCAUAUGGGAAUCUUCAUUAGAUUAUUAUGUUGAUAGUAUUAAAUUUAUAUCGUCCGACAUUCGUGAUGGAAAGAAAAUCAAAUUAACCCAAGAUGAAGUUUUUCGUAAAACUGGUGAACUAUUUAGUCUUCGACAUCAGAUCAAUUUAAGCUCCGAUCUAUUGGAUACACCGGAUUUCUAUUGGGAUCGGCAAGAAUUAGAGAAUUUGUUUAUUCAAACUUGUAGUUAUCUAAAUACUCUCAAGCGAACCAAAGUGAUGAACGAUAAGUUAAAUCACUGUUUAGAAUUAAUGAAUCUAUUGGAAAGUCAUCUAAGUGAUAAACAUCACGUUCGCUUAGAAUGGAUGGUUAUUAUUCUCAUCAUGUGUGAGGUUGUCUUCGAGAUAAUUCAUUAUUAUGAAAGACUCGUUGAAGAAGAGGAACAUAAAUAAUUGUACCUUUAUUUAAUUCUUUUCAAUCAAUUGUUAGUUUAAUUUUAGAGAUUUGAAAAAAUCGUAAACAAAAACAAAAAAUUUAGUGACCCAAAAUUAAAAGGACAAAACUGAAUCAAUUGUUGAUUAGAUUCAAUUUUUCUUGUACAAAUAAAGUUGAUAUUCUUACAUGAAAUUAUUACUCCCCAA